GACCGUCCUUAUUAUUGUUCCGCUGCUAACUUCAUUUUUCUGUUGGCGCUGUCUUGAAUAUUGAUCUGAUGAAACACGAAAUCAUAACCUAGACGGAUUACUAGAUUGAUUAUGUGUAUUUGGAUUAUUAAAUAGACUAAACCAAGAUAACCUUUAGCUAUAGCUGGCUUACACAUUAUUUAUCUUGAAUGCAAAUGAGUUGCUAGUUAUUAGCCAACUACUCUACUAGCUAACUAACUCAGACUUCUAUGUUAGAGACCCUUGACUAUUGAGUGAGCGUCGAGCUAGUCUUAAUGACUUACUAAUCAUCUGGUUGACUUGAUGUCAGAGUCGUGAGUUUGUGUUAUCUAAAGCUGUAACGUUAGAGAUGUCAGAGAGGAGAAGAGACAGCCGUAGCUGGGACUGGGACAACCCUCAGUGCCGAGCUCAGAUGGACCAAAUCUUCUUCCGCCGGCAUGACUACAUCCAGAACGGAACCACGGAACACAAAGAGUUCUGGAACUUCUUCGACCGCUUCCAGAGGUUCAAAACCAGGAAGGACAUGUCAGGGGGCAGCAGGAAGGAAGACAUGGAGGAGGGCAGAGACAGGAAGAAGACUGUAGAUCUGGGUCUGCCAAAAGAAUAUGACGCCCGCUAUCGGAUCAACGUGUCAGUUUGUACCAAAGACACAGAGGAGAGGCUGGAGACAGGGAGGUCUGAUCAGAGACACAGACACAGCUCCUCAGGCCCAGGGAGUCAGGAGGUAGCUGAUUGUCGCCUGGCUUUGCUGCACUUCCUGGACUUCAGCCAGAGGCAGAGCUUUGGGAAGCUGGCCAAGUUGAGGGCGGAGCAGAAAGCCCUUCCUAUCUUUCAGUACCGGGACCGGAUCGUGGAGUUGGUGCGGGCUAACCCGGUAGUAGUGGUGGCGGGGGAUACAGGCUGUGGAAAGUCCACCCAGGUCCCCCAGUACCUCCUCUCCUCUGGGUUCAGUCACAUAGCUUGCACUCAGCCUCGGCGGAUUGCCUGUAUCUCCCUCGCCAAGAGGGUCAGCUUCGAGAGUCUCAACCAGUACGGCUCCAAGGUUGGCUAUCAGAUCCGUUUCGAGGGGACCCGUACCCCGUCAACCAAGCUGUUGUUCCUGACAGAGGGGUUACUACUGAGACAGAUCCAGGCUGACGGGGCCCUGGAGCAGUACCAGGUGUUGAUUGUUGACGAGGUGCAUGAGCGACACCUCCACUGUGACUUCCUCCUUGGGGUCCUGCGCUCCCUCCUGGCCACCCGCCCCGACCUCCGCUUGGUCCUCAUGUCCGCCACCAUCAACAUAAAACUCUUCUCCAGCUACUUUAGUAAUGCACCUGUACUGCAGGUACCGGGCAGGCUCUUCCCUAUACAGGUGAGUGGACAAGAGAUUUCAAACCCUCUCCUCUGGGACCCGUUUCAUAUUUUGGUCGUUGCCCUGCAGGAACUCACCUGUUUCUCCUAG